GUGUAACCAUCCAAUCAGAGCUCGUAAAAAAACGACCAAUCACGUUAGCCGAUGCUGCUGCGUGGUUUCCUCAACUCGUUGCCGAAUACACGUGUCUACUGUAGAGCCCAAUUAGUCAUGUCAGCAUUAGGAGCUCUCAGUAACAGCAUGGCUGCCCAGACUACAUGUGGUCUCAACACUGAUUCUGCUCUCUGCUCAGUAUUCACAAAAACAUCCAGAGGAAAAGCCAGUAAAAAAAACAAGAAGCGUAUCAUGGGACGUCAGAAUAUCUGCCAGGGACUCAAACGAAAGCUGGAGCUUGGGUCCUCAUACUCUUCACUGGAAGGCACACAGCCUAUGAGGGAAAAAAGGAUCAAAACCCUUGUUAAUAUGAAUGAACCAGAAUGUACAGGUUCACUGAGUGACAGCUGUGAUGUGGACAGUGGUUUCUCAUCAGAAAUCAGUCCUUCCACCAGUGGCCGGAGUUCUCCAUGCUUUGAUGUCCAGCCCUCCAUGCUGCUGGCCAUGGACUGUGAGAUGGUGGGGACAGGUCUAAAUGGACAGUUCAGUGAACUGGCCCGGUGUAGUCUGUUAAAUUAUUCUGGAACUGUGAUCUAUGACAAGUAUGUCCUUCCUAUUCGGCCUGUCACAGACUACAGAACACGGUGGAGCGGCAUUAAAAAGGAGCACUUGAUAAAUGCUUUGCCCUAUGAAGAAGCUAGAAAUGAGAUUUUGCAGAUCAUUAAAGGGAAAGUAAUAAUCGGUCACGCUCUGUUACACGACUUUGCUGUCCUGAAAAUUAGCUUACCGGAUCACGUAGUUAGGGACACUUCUACUUCUCAUCUGCUGCGAAAGUUGUAUGGUGCUUCUUCGGGAUGCAUAUCUCUAAAGAAACUGACCAGGGGUCUUCUCAACAGGAGCAUACAGGAUGACAGCACUGGCCAUUGCUCUGUGGAAGAUGCUCUUGCUGCCCUGGACCUCUACAAGCUGGUGGAGGAGGAGUGGGAAAAAUCUUUACAGCCUCAAAACUCAGAUCCAGCCACUGACUCGACAUCUCUGGAGCACUACAUGCAGGAUGAAUACUGGCCUGAUAGUUUAACUGACUGCAAUGAAUGAGAGACCUGUAUGGCAUUGAAACUUGGACUGAAACCACACUGACCUUGCAUCUGUCUUCUGUGUGGGCUGGAGGCAGACUUUCCUUUUGUGAUGAAUCUAUAGGAGAUUGUGGGUAUGUCUGAGUGGUAGCACUUUGGCCAACCUUACUGGUAACCUACUAACAUUAUAGUCUGUCAGUUUUAAGACAAUUUAAGACAUUUUAAAAUGUUCAAAACAAGCAAUUUGUUUAAAUUCCUUGUUCAUCUUUAUGGUUGUCGCAGUUCAUGGCUACAGUCAAAUUAGCCAGUUUGCUGUUUCUGUUCCUUUUUUGCACAAGGAAUAGCUGCAUUGCUUUAGUAAUGACAAAUGUUCUUAAAAUGACCUCCAAACUACAUUACACAGACUGUGUACACUUGAUCUCAUAUGAAAUGUCAGGUUACUGUGAUUUUUUUUUUUUUUUUUAUCUUAAGACAUGAUGUAACUCGUGUACAUUUGAUAAAGAUUGUAGAGUAUUUAUAAUUAUA